AACUGUCAAAAAUAAAACUCGAGCUUUACGAUCUCAAUGCGAAGAUUUAAAAUCUGUUCUAUAUUUUUCUUGAAAUGUAUUAGUGUUGUGCCAACUCAUGUUUGUUCUGUCAAAUCAGAAACAAACAAACAAGAUGAAUGAUUUCCAAAACAAUAUGGAUUUUUGUCACGAAAUUUUAAAAGAAUUUCUGGAUGAUAGUGAGCUAGAGUGCUUUUUAUUGGAAGAUGACAUUGUUGUGGGUAGUGUUCCGAGAUCUAGAACAUACAUACGGCGGAAUUUUGGUGAUGCACAUAAACAUAUCAUGGAUGACUAUUUUGGAGAUCAACCCGUAUACAACGAAAAAAUGUUUUUAAGAAGAUUUAGAAUGCCGAAAGAAAUGUUUCUUCGAGUUGUUGAGGCUUUGGAAGGAAAAAAUGAUUAUUUCCGACAAAAGGUAGAUGCUGUUGGCAAACCAGGACUAACUGCUAUUCAAAAGUGUUUUGCAGCGGUUAGAAUGCUUGCUUAUGGAAUAGCGGCUGAUUCAUUGGAUGAAUACACUAGAAUGGGUGAUUCUACAGCUAUGCAGAGCCUCAAACAAUUUUGCCAGACAAUAAUUUCAGUGUUCGGUGAUUAUUAUUUACGAUUACCAAACAAAAAUGAUAUAGAAAGAUUGAUCACAGAAAAUGGAAAACGAGGAUUUCCUGGUAUGGUAGGGAGCAUAGACUGUUGGCAUUGGGAUUGGCAAGCUUGUCCAGUUGCAUACAAAGGACAGUUCAGUGGGAAAGAAGGAAAAGCAACAGUUGUGUUGGAAGCUAUUGCGUCCUACGACACGCACAUAUGGCAUAGUUUUUUUGGAUCACCAGGUAGCUUGAACGACAUCAACGUUCUUGAUAGAUCACCUAUAUUAAAUAACAUCAUCAAUGAAGGAGUAUUCAACAUAAAAUACGAGCUAAAUGGAAAAAUGAGAGAGCAGGCGUAUCUUCUUGCUGAUGGCAUCUAUCCAGAUUGGAGUAUUUUUGUAAAGACGAUUUCGCACCCCAAAACUGUAAAAGAAAAAUUGUUCUGCAAACUGCAAGAAACUUGUAGAAAGGAUAUCGAACGUGCUUUCGGUAUAAUCCAAAAAUGCUGGCAUAUAUUGGCUAAUCCAGCACGAUUAUGGAAUUUGAAUGAUCUUCACUCUAUUGUGACUGCAUGCAUUGUGUUGCACAAUAUGAGAAUCGAAUAUCGUGCACCAUUCGAUCAAUGGUGCAAUGAAGAACCACAUGUAGUUGAAACUGCAGAUGUGCAACCAGUACAUAUGCCAGAUGUCCCACAUCCAUUUGAAGUAUAUUGUUCAAAAAGAUUAAAAUUAAGGGAUAAGAAUAAAUGUAUCGCUUUAAGGCAAGAUCUUAUCGAUCAUUGCUGGCAAAAUUAUGGUCAUUCUCAAGAAUAA